AUGAAUCGAACCCAACGUAAAUAUGUCCCGAGUAUCAAACGUAAUGAGUUGCCACUAAAAGAAAAAGAUACCAAUUACAAUGAUGAAUUCGAAGAAUUACUGCCUCCAAAAUCAAGAAGACAUCCCUUCAAAACAAAUAAGCCUAUGACCAACAGGUGUUGCUUUUUUAGUCCAGAUUGCAAAGAUGUAGAACUUACGACGGACGAUUCGGGUGCAUACGUGGAUGAUCAUUUCAACUCUCUCAUAAAACAGCAAUAUGAUUUCGAUCCCGCCGUUCCGGACACAAUAAGAAAUUUGAAAGAAUUGAGGAAAGUACUUUGUGGUGCAUCCAAAGUUGAUAAUUGCUCUCAAUAUGGUAAUGAAGGGGAAUCCUAUAUAAAAACAUCAGAUGGUUCAAAAUGGCAAAGCGUUGAUGAUACUAAUAAUAUAGAACAAUAUCUCAUUUCAGAUAAAGACAAUAUCACUUCUCAUGUGCCAAUAAGUACAAAUAUACGAAUAUGUGAAACACCUCAUAUUAAAGUGAUUGCUGAGAAAUUUACAAAAUUCAAAAAAAAUAACGUUGAAGUUAGAAAAUUGGAAGAAAAAAUUGUAUGCGUAGAAUAUGACAUUUUUGAAGAAUCAAGUGGCGAUGUGAUGGAUCAAGAAAAACCUAUACAAAAGAUGAGAGCUUACUUCUCGUUGAAACCCACAAGUGAUAGCGGUACAUUUUAUAAUAACAGUAUAAAAAUCCAUAUAGUUGAUCAUCCAUUAAUUUUAACGGAAAUGCUGUGGUUAAUAAAAAUGGUAGCGCGAUUUUUCACACUACCUAACACCAUACCGUCCACAAUAAAAAACAAAUAUGAUAUUCAAGAAGAAGACCUGAAAAACCUUAAUCAGAAAGAAAUAGAAAUGAUAGAUUCUAAAAUAGCUGAAAAUAAGCCAUACUUAGACGAUCUUAAGCGAGUUCUCAAACGAAAGCAAGCUUUGGAAUUUAAAAAGAGAAAAAGUAAUUUAGACCUUAUGGCGUUGUACGAAAUGGCUAAAACAGAUUCUUUAGUUUUAGAUAAACAUUUUUCUACUGAUCUUUUAAAUGAAAAGGAAUUAAAUGAAAUAAAAGAUUUGAUUGUUAAGACGAGUGCUAAAAGCGUCCACGGUCUAAGUAGACGUACUAUAAAGCAACAAAUGUCGGAUUUAAAGAGUAACAAUAAUGCAGCAUCUCAAAGCAUUAUAGCGGAAUUGAUUGGU